AUGCCGGCCUCACCUGAGCAGCCCGUCACGCCGCAGACUGGGCGGCCCCGCGCCCUAGACCCACGGCCGGGCGACCAGGGCGGGAGCAGAAGAGCGUCUGGCAGCGCCGAUCCGGAGCGGCCCGGGGAGGCCGGGAGGCGGGGUCCCGCCGCCACGCCCCCGUCGCGGCGUCCCGCCCCCACCACCUGGGCGAGCUCCGCCCGGUCCCCGCCACCUGGAGGAGCCUCGCUUCCGCAGCCGCGGUGGGGACAGGGGCGUCCGGAACCGCAGCUCCCCUUUUCCUCUCCGCCUCGCGGCCCCUCGGCCGCCCCUCUCUACUUCCGGCGCGGGACCCCCACCUCCUGUCCCCGCACACCUCUCGCGCCUGUAAUUGUGGGCCUUCGCGGGGCUGGCCGAGAGUUCCCGCCGGGACCUGGCGCCGCCCGGGCCCGCGUCCGGGUGGUCGCACGGUCCGCGCCCCCGCCCCGGCACUCCCCCGCCCGCUCCCUCGCGUCCAAUCCGUCGCCGAGUUCCAAGCCACGCCCUGAUCCGACCCCGACCCUCAGCCCGGACCCCAGCCCCUCCUUGGCUUCGCCGGCCGAGAGCUACUGCCCGCCUGGCCCCAGCUGA